AUGGAGACUGCCAACCAUGGACCUGACCCAGAGUCGCCACCACCGGAAGAGAAGCCGCCCGCAGCCAUGGAGAAGAGACCCAGCCUGCCGACUCGCCCGAACCUCGCUGCCCGGCACGCCAAACGCCUGACGCUCAGCUUUCCAAUCGUUCCCCCGCCGGCGGCCGUCCGAUCAGAGCUGUCAUCGCCCUCAGCUGUUACCCCGGGCACCCCUGUCACCACCGAAACACCCCGGACCGCCAUGUCUUCGGGCCUGCCGUCGCUGGACUCGGUGAUUCCGGGCAGUGACGAGUCGCGCGAGCCCUCGGAUCUGCUCACCGCGAUAGCCUCCCAGGAGCGGAAAGUCCUCGAGCUGCGCGAGGAGCUGCAACGAGCCGAAACGGAGCUGACCGGGCUGAAGAGACAAUGGGUCAUGAGCGAGAGGCAGAAGAAGCGAACCGAGAUCAACCAUCACGCAGAGGCCAUGAAAGCAAUGAAGCCCGCCGAUGCUCCCGCCGAUGAAGCCUACAAGACCUCCGAAAGCCCAAUCCUAAGCCCAACCACGACGGACCCCGUCCCCGCUCAAAUUAGGCGAAGCAAGGAGUUGGAGAGAAGGCAUAGUCUUCGCUCUACACAAAAGGGCAACGCGUCGGUCUCUUCCAAUGGCCGCAGGGUUUUCGCUGGCUCGAAACAUACUCGGACACUCUCUUUACUCUCCCCGGAAAUGGGCGUUGUCAAGACCCCGUUCCCGAUGAAGGACGAGGCAGACCAAGAGAUCGGUAUCACCAGACACCCCCGAUCUGCCACCCUGCCGUCGGUGGAACGAGCCGAAGUCUCGAGACCUGCCGAGCCUGUCGAAUCCUUGCAAGACGACACAGCGAAUGAAUGGCGACGAUCUAUGCCACCACCCUCGAAAGACGCUCUCUUGCGCACCGGCCGACAAAUGGCAUCUGAUUUCAGGGAGGGCUUAUGGACGUUUUUGGAGGAUAUCAGACAGGCCACGGUCGGGGAGGAAGCGAUCAAUGGCAACGAAUCGCGGUCAUUACAUCCUUCGGCUAGCGGUCCUCGACGCACCAGCAGCGGCCAACGUAGUGACCGCAGCGUGACACCAUCUCGGAAUCGCGAGCAACCCGACGCCCUCGGGCGUACGGAUUCUUCCCUUUCUCUGUCCAAAGGAGCAGCAAAGAACUCUGGUAAACCCACUUCUCCGGCGGACGUGGAGACAUCAUUUUGGGGUGAAUUCGGAGUUGAUACGCCGGGGCAGAAGUCCAAGACAAAAAAUGUCGACGCCAAUACCCAGCCCGAUCCAAAACGUCCCGCAAACUCGAAACAACCCGACGAGGCGGAUGACUGGGACAGCUGGGACUCGCCCCAACAUGGCAAAUCGCAUACCCCGUCUUCUAGCCGAUCGACCAUCAACUCCAAGAAGGACCAGUCUCCAUCGACUCAACUCAGCAGCCCGAGAACCAGCGCCAGUUUUGGGGAUCGGAAUAUGGAUGGAGGAGAACGACGUCGGUCCGAGAAUAUCCCUUGGCCAGCCUUGACCAAGUUGUCACCUUCCAAACUUACACGGACAGCGUCCAAUCUGAUGGACGAAUGGGAAAAGAGUCUCACCUCAUCUAUAGACGGUAGUCAGAAGGCAGAGUCCCCUCGACUAGCCCAACAGUCGGACCAAGAUGAUUGGGAAGCCUUUUGA